GAGGGAGCCUGGCUACGUUGCACUCUGAUAACUGAAGUAUAUCAUCAGUGCACCAGCUGUCUCAGAAGGAGGUAAAGAGAUGUCUCAUUGACUCAGGUAUCAGGACGCAUUCGUGGUCUCUCGCUUGUGCAUCAUGAUCGGUUAAUUUAAUCUGGGACUGCAGAGAAGCGACCGGCGCUCAUAGUCCCAUCUGGCACGAGCAGCUCGCACGCUAUGCCCGCACAGCUGCUUUCCGUCUCGCAGUGUGGAAAAUGGCACGCUUGAAGAUGCAGACACGUCUCUCGUGCGGACACUUCCCACUUUUCAUGUGUCUGUUUUUGCCGGCACUUUUAUCUCACGCGCUUGGAAACAAGCGGUCGAUGGUCCCGCACGCCGCUGGCCGGUCGGCGGCCCAGCGAGCUGCGGCCCGGUCCGUCGCCCGUAUGGACGGUGAUGUUAUAAUCGGUGCGCUUUUUUCCGUGCAUCACCAACCCUCAGCUGAGCGUGUGGCCGAACGAAAAUGUGGAGACGUGCGCGAGCAGUACGGGAUCCAGCGGGUGGAAGCAAUGUUUCAUACUUUGGACCGUAUCAAUGCCGACCCGAACCUGCUGCAAAACAUCACCCUAGGCUGCGAGAUACGGGAUUCGUGCUGGCACUCUUCUGUGGCUCUAGAGCAAAGCAUCGAGUUCAUCCGAGAUUCCCUUAUCUCUAUUCGGGAUGACAAAGACGGAUCUAAGUGGUGUAUCGACGGGACGCCUUCCAACCAACCUCCUCCCAGCAAGAAGCCUAUUGCUGGAGUCAUAGGUCCUGGCUCUAGCUCGGUGGCCAUCCAGGUGCAGAAUCUACUGCAGUUGUUUAACAUCCCCCAGAUCGCCUACUCGGCCACCAGCAUUGACUUGAGCGACAAAACACUCUUCAAGUACUUUCUCCGCGUAGUGCCCUCUGACACACUGCAGGCGCGUGCCAUGUUAGACAUUGUUAAACACUAUAAUUGGACUUAUGUUUCUGCUGUUCAUACAGAGGGUAACUAUGGUGAGAGCGGCAUGGAAGCUUUUAAGGAGUUGGCAGCAGAGGAGGGUCUUUGUAUCGCCCACUCUGACAAGAUCUACAGUAAUGCCGGAGAGAAACACUUUGAGCGCCUGCUAAAGAAACUGCGCGAGCGCCUGCCAAAAGCCCGCGUGGUUCUCUGCUUCUGUGAGGGAAUGACCGUGCGUGGCCUGCUGAUGGCCAUGAGGCGUCUUGGCGUUUCCGGAGAGUUCCAGCUAAUUGGGAGUGAUGGCUGGGCAGAUCGUGAUGAGGUGGUGGAAGGUUAUGAGCAGGAAGCAGAUGGUGGGAUCACAAUGAAGCUACAGACGGAGGAAGUGCAGUCUUUUAAUGACUACUUUCUGAAGUUGCGCUUGGACACCAACACCAGGAACCCGUGGUUUGCUGAGUUCUGGCAGUACCGCUUUCAGUGUCGCAUUCCUGGGCAUCCUCAGGAGAACCAAAACUACCAGAAGAUCUGCACAGGAAAAGAAAGCUUGAAUGACAACUAUGUCCAGGACAGCAAGAUGGGCUUUGUGAUUAAUGCAAUAUACGCGAUGGCUCACGGCCUACAUGAUAUGCACAGAGAAAUGUGCCCAAACCAUCCUGGCCUGUGUGAGGCGAUGGAUCCCAUUGAUGGCAGUAAACUGCUGGACUAUCUCCUCAAAACCUACUUUAGCGGCGUGUCUGGGGAGGAAAUCUACUUUGAUGAAAAUGGAGACACACCUGGCAGGUAUGAUAUUAUGAAUCUGCAAUACGUGGAGGAACUGGGCCGCCAUGAUUAUAUUAAUGUGGGUUCAUGGCAUGAAGGGCUUCUGAGUAUCAAUGAUUAUAAACUCAUGACAAACCGUACUGAGAUGGUUCGGUCGGUCUGCAGUGAACCAUGCAACAAGGGCCAGAUCAAGGUGAUCCGAAAAGGUGAAGUGAGUUGCUGCUGGAUCUGCACUACGUGUAAAGAUAAUGAAUAUGUUCAGGAUGAGUUCACCUGCAGGGCUUGUGAGCUGGGCUGGUGGCCUGAUGACGAACUGGCAGAAUGCAAACCUCUCCCUCUCAAAUACCUGGAGUGGAGCAACGUGGAGUCCAUCGUCGCUGUGUGUUUCUCCUGUGUCGGUAUCCUGAUUACGUUUUUCGUCACCUUCAUCUUUUUCCAGUACGGUGACACGCCGGUGGUGAAGUCCUCCAGCCGCGAGCUCUGCUACAUCAUCCUGGCUGGUAUUUUCCUCGGCUACAUCUGCCCAUUCACGCUCAUCGCCCAUCCCACUGUAAUCUCCUGCUACCUGCAGCGCCUCUUAGUGGGCUUGUCAUCCGCCAUGUGCUACUCCGCCCUCGUCACCAAGACCAACCGCAUUGCCCGCAUCCUGGCUGGCAGCAAGAAGAAAAUCUGCACACGCAAACCUCGCUUCAUGAGCGCCUGGGCCCAGGUGGUUAUUGCCUUCAUGCUGAUUAGUGUGCAGUUGGCUCUGGUGGUCACAUUGAUUGUGUUGGAACCCCCUGAGCCGGUAAAGAGUUACCCCAGCAUUAGAGAGGUCUACCUCAUCUGCAACACCAGUAAUUUGGGCAUGGUGGCCCCGCUGGGGUACAACGGCCUUCUCAUCAUGAGCUGUACUUACUACGCCUUCAAGACCCGCAACGUGCCUGCCAACUUCAACGAAGCCAAGUACAUCGCUUUCACGAUGUACACCACCUGUAUUAUCUGGCUGGCUUUUGUGCCCAUUUACUUUGGCUCCAACUACAAGAUCAUCACCACCUCCUUCUCCGUCAGCCUCAGCGUCACAGUAGCUCUUGGCUGCAUGUUCAGCCCCAAAAUGUACAUCAUCAUCGCCAAGCCCGAGCGCAACGUCCGCAGCGCCUUCACGACCUCUGACGUGGUCCGUAUGCACGUGGGUGACGGAAAGCCCGCUCCCUGCCAGAGCAAUAGCAUCCUCAACAUUUUCCGCAGGAAGAAGAACAACGCGAAUGCAACCGGCAGCACCAAUCCUAAUGGAAAGUCUGUGUCAUGGUCUGAAUCAGGUGCCAGACCCCAGGGGAGGGGGUCGAGUGUGUUCCACAGACUGUCUGUGCAUGUGAGGAGGCAAGCAGUCGGCCAGAGUCAGACGGCAGUCAUACGACCCCUAACUAAUGCCUCAGAGCCCCCCCAUCCCGAAUAUGACGCUGGCCUCAACGCAGCCCCCAACGGCUCGCAUCCCGAAGACAAGGCUCUCUACGACCUCAACGAGGAAGGAAAUCAACUUCUCCAACAACAUACGACCCAGGAGCUUUCCUAUUCUCCUACUCAUUUAAUAGAUCACACCACUGAUCGUCCACAGGGGGGGCAGGUGGACACGCUAAGCUCUACAGUUCCCGAUUUUGAUCAGUUUGUCAUCGGCACAGGCGACAAGUUGAGUCCCGCCUAUAAAUCGUCUGCCAAUCAACUUCCGCUUCCUCUGCAGGGGGACGCGUUCCCGGAGGACGGUUCCGAAAUGGAAGCUCUCGACCUCAUUCACAGGUUUCUGUGCGACAGUGGCACUCAAGAGGAGGAGGAAGAGGUGGCACAGAGUAAGCUGACCCUGCUCACUCCACCUUCUCCCUUCAGGGACUCGCUUCAGUCAGGGGUGUCCAUUCCCGGAUCCCCCGCCUCUGACAACGACCCACCCUUUUCCCAGAAUCUGAACUACGCCCCCAAACAGAGCUCUUUUACACUGUAAAAGCACACGCUCAGGACACAUGCCGCUGUUUAUAAAUCAAUCAUUGGAGGAUAUCAUUCGCUUGCUUACUUGGCUCUGUCAAAAAGACAUCAUUUCAGAAACAAAGAAGGAGCUUGAGCAAAUGGAAUGUCCUGUUGGGAAUAUUUUCACGGAGGUAACAAUGGCAGUAUCCGGUUUCCAAAUGCUGUGGAAAGUUGGAGUCCCAAAUAUUUAUUGUGUCGCUGUGCCCGAAAUCACAACAUUGCGUGAGUGAUAAGGCCAGCUUGCUGCUUUAAUUUUUCAGUCUUAUCUUGAAGACAGACGAGAGACUGGUGUUCUGCAAUAUGUGCUUUUGAAUUUUGCAGCUGGACUAAGGAUUAAGGUAUAUAGUAAAAAUCAAGGGUGUGGAAGCAGACAGCACAGAGACAUCACAUCAACGCCAAACAAAUGUGUGCAUACAGUAAUGGCAAAUCAUUCUCAACUGUUUUCAUGCUGCUGUGUGAUUUUGGUAUUACUUCAAUGAUUUACAUUUUAAACGGUUAACUGUGUACAACACAAAGUGAAACUCUCUGGGCAAACAACAACGUUUCACCUGGCAGGCUGUAUGAGUAAACAUGGAGUUCCCCAGCUAUUUUCCAAUUUCCUUUAGGCUCCCGAAGUCAGUAUUUGCUUAGAGAGUCACAGAUAGGAAUUUCGAUCGUAUAUGAUAGACAUAGGAAGCUUUUUUUGUAUAAAUAUGGAGCCAAGGUACAUAAAAAGAGAACACACGUAUGAACUCAGCUUUGAAAAGGGAGUAAUGUUUUGCAAACAUUUGUAUACUGUUUUUGCCAUCUAUUGUUUUCCACACAGAUGGUGUCUUUGUACAUCUGCUAUAUGAUUCUAUGAUUAGGAUGUUAGACAUUUGUAAGUUUUAGAAACGUCUUAUAAAUUGCUCUUUGUGAUAAAGGGUUACGCGGUGGCACUGUGGAGGGAGUUACCUUUCAGAAACUUUUACAAAUCCCAAGAUUUCUCUUUUAAGUGUGCCAUUUUUUACAUUUUAUCUACAAGCAGUUGCUUCUAGUUGUAACCUGUAGCAUUUACUGCCGAUCUUGCGUAGGAUUAUCACAUUGCGACUGUAAUGCUUUAAGUUUCAAAGGACGUUUAGAAUGCAACUCUCAAAAGAAUAUUAUUGAAUAAGUAUUGUACUUGUUAUAAUGGAUUGUAAUAUUAUGUAUUUUAGUGUAAGUUGUUUGUUGAGUGUAAAGUAACUGACAGAUCAUCUGUUUACAUUGUCUUAUAAAUGAGGAAAAAUGCUAUUUUUGCCAGGACAAAUCAUGCUGUAAAAUAAAUAUUUUAUAUCUAA